AUGAGCGAUUUCAUACGGGUCAAGGAUCUCGCCCUCACCGUCUCAUUUUCGGACGGCUCCCGCUGGCCGUCGAGCACGCCGCACGCGCAACCCGUCGUCGUCACAUGCAGCAUCGCCCACGACGUGCGCCGCGCGGCGGCCACCGAUGACCUCACGCAUUCGGUGAACUACUCGGCGGUCGCCUCGAACAUCAAGGCCGUCGGAGACGCCGAGGUCUUCCCUUCCAUCGAGGCGUUCGCGGACCGCAUCUGCGAGACACACGCGCGGCGGUUCGAGGCGGGCGCCCUCACGCUCUCCAUCGCGCGCACGAAGGCACUGCUUUACGGUGCGUCGUUCGGCCUCGAGUUCACGAAGGCCGAUCCGCACGCCCCGCCGCAGGAGGAGACCUUCUUCCUGCGCGAUCUCGCGUGCUACGCGGUGCUCGGUAUACAUCCCCAUGAACGCCAGCGCAAGCAAAGCGUACGGAUCGACGUGUGCGUGACGAAGAUGCGAUCGCGCGCGGCAUCCCUGGAUUACCGUACCUUAGAGCAGCGGAUCUUUGACUACGUUCAAGAUUCCAAAUUCUUGACAGUCGAGUCAUUGGCCUCUGAGGUCGCCAAAUUGACCCUCACGUUCUUGGCGGAUGCGACUGCUCGGGCUACAGUACGUAUCUCGAAGCCGAGUGCUCUCCUCACAGCAGAAGCCUCCGAGCUGGAGGUGACUCGCUCCUUUGCCGACCUCGACACCAGUAGCACGGAUAGUUCGGGGUUGACAGAGACACCCAACACGCCGGUCACCAUUUCUAAGCCCACCUCAGGGUCCAAAUCGGCUGGACCAUCUUCUUCGCUUCCUCACAGGGCUGCGAUAGCUAUCGGGGGUAACAUGGGCGACCGGUUUGCAAACAUCGAAUGCGCACUUCGCCUCCUGGAAGCUCCCGGUGCAGACAUCGAGAGUUGGACAGGUGAACCGCGCGUCAUUGUUGUCGACACAAGCUUUAUGUACGAGACGGCACCGAUGUACGUUGCGGAGCAGCCGCGGUUUAUCAACUGCGCGUGUGUGGUGGAGACCGACCUGGAGCCUCGUGCGCUCCUGACCUUCCUGAAGCAGGUUGAGAGCGCCGUUGGACGCGUCGAGUCUUUCCGCAACGGCCCUCGGGCGAUCGAUCUCGACAUCAUCCUGUACGACUCUCUGGUCAUGGACACCAGGCCGGAAUCCGCCCGUGCCACGCUCGAUAACCUCAGCGGCGAGCUUCUUGUUCCCCAUCCGCGUCUCGGUGAAAGAGAGUUCGUUUUGCGACCCUUGGCUGACAUGAUCCCCAACUACAUCAUACCUACCACAGGAAAGACCGUCGAGGAGUCUCUGUCAGCCCUCAUGGCUCAACCAUCCGCAGACCCCAUUAUGUACAAGGUUCUGCCCUUCCCCCGUUAUCCGCUACCUAACCAUGAAGGCGAGCGGCCGGCGCACAUGUCCAAAAUCCGUCCGGUCCCGCCAACAGCAACCUACUGGUCGUUCCCCGUCUCUUCGCAUGCCUCCAGCAGCAGACCACCUCCCCGGAAAACCUAUAUCAUGGCAACACUCAAUGCGACUCCGGACUCGUUCUCUGACGGUUCCGCACAUUACAGCCUUCCUGAUGCCCUUUCGUACGCAAACUCUGCUGUCGCCGAUGGUGCCAACAUCAUCGACAUCGGGGGUUACUCGACCCGGCCAGGGGCUGCCUACGUCUCCCCAGAGGAAGAGUUCUCGCGUGUCGUCCCUGUUGUCCAAGCCAUUCGCGGCCUAUGGCAGGAAGGUGCGGUCACCACCCCCGGUGGCAGACUCCCCUCGAUCGCGCGGACGGCUUCGACGCUCAUCAGUGUCGAUACGUUCCGAUGGGAAGUCGCGGAGGAGUCCGUGCACGCUGGCGCGAACUGCAUUAACGAUGUGUACGCGUUCAGCGGUGCGGACUGGCCUGCGACGGCGCGGUCCGCGGAGCACUUCAAGAAAAUGCGCCAAGUGUCGCGCGACCUCGCUGUUCCCGUCAUUCUCAUGCACUCUCGAGGACCGGCAUCGGCGAACAAGGACUACUCGCAGUACGACUACGCGGUCGACCAUCGGGAUGGACGGGGCGCGGUGCUGGAGGGCGUGCGGAUAGAGCUGGGCGCGAAGGUCGAAGCCGCGAUCAAGGGCCGUGGCGGCAUUCGUAGGUGGCUUGUGCUCGUGGACCCCGGACUCGGAUUCAGCAAGACCGUCGAGGGGAACCUCGAAGUGCUCCGGGACGCGGCGACUGUGGUGGGCGAGUACUCGCCCCGCCUCCGGGCGCUCACAGCGCCGCCGUCGCGGCCCACGCGGAACCCCCUGGCGGGAUAUCCGAUGUUGCUCGGGGCGUCACGCAAGUCGUUCCUCGGGGCGAUCCUGGAGCGGCCGGAUCCAGUAGGCAGCGGGAACUACGAGGGCCGGCAGACGCGGCCUGUAGAGCGCGACUUUGCGACCGCCGCGGCGGUGAGCUGUGCGGUGCAGCAGGGCGCGACGGUCGUGCGGGUGCACGACGUGUUGCGACUCGGAGAUGCUGUGAGGGCCAGCUCCGCACUAUGGUCCUGA